UUAACCGACUCCCAGGGUAGCUGGGAAAUGUGGUGCUUUCUUUGCGUUAGCCCUCGGAGAGGCAAGCGGGCGAGGACUACAAGCCCCGUCGUGCCCCGCGGCCCGUCGUCUCCGGUGGUUCAGGGAAAGUGGCUUCUCCUCAGCAGCCCGGGCCGACUGCUCGGUGCGAAGUGGCGGCGUCUGCGAGAGGGAGGGAGGGGAGCCCGCUUCGCCUGACCUGGAGCUCCGGAGAGGCCCUGAGGCGGCGGCGGCCUUGCAGCAGCGGGUGGGUCGAAGGAGGCAGCCUGAGGGGGCUUCGUCGCCGGCCAGGCCGCCCUCCGGGCUUCCCCCCUCACGGCGAGGGCCCCGAAGGCGGGGGUGGGGGAAGGAGGCCUCAGCUGAGGUUGUUCAGAGUUUCUAGAAACAUAACUUGGUUGGAUUCUGCCCAGGUCUUACCUCUUCCAUCCAACAUGAAGUACAGGACUCAGCUGUUGAAUCCUGAGUGAGGAGACUCUUGAAUCAAAGAUGGAGAAAAAACGAAGAAAGAAAUGAGCCUGUUUUCUAGGCUUCCGCGGAAAAGACAAUGACGGCAAGACUUUUACGUACAUUAGACAAAGCCUUCAGGCUGUCCACUUAGCACUUAAAAAGACACAGUUUUCUGAAACCCAAAAAAGAAGACGGAGAACGGAUUCAUGGAGAAGGAACAUAUGGAUUGAAUCCAUGGAAUGUGGGAGAUGAAACCAUAUUGUUUGUGACCAUGAGGCUUGCAAACAUCUGGUUGUUUCUGACAGCGAUCUUACUCUGUUGCCAACAGCACCUGGGGACCAAAGCUGGGAAUUCUUCCCAUGAAAGCCACGUGUGUCCUGAAUGCUCUCAUCUCACAUUAAGAGUUGAAUUCUCUUCUACUGUUGUGGAACAUGAAUAUAUUGUAGCCUUCAAUGGCUAUUUCUCCGCACAAGCAAGAAGCAAGUUCAUUUCAAGGGCACUGAAGAGCAACGACAUAGAGAACUGGAGGAUUGUACCCCGCAACAACCCAGCAAGUGACUACCCCAGUGAUUUUGAGGUGAUCCAGAUCAAUGAGAAACAGAAAGAUGGAGUGCAGUCUCUUGAGGACCAUCCUAAUAUCAAACGAGUUACUCCCCAGAGAAAAGUAUUUCGCUCACUUAAAUACACUGAAACUGACUCGGCAUUUCCAUGCAACGACACCAGAUGGACGCAAAAAUGGCAGUCGUCUCGUCCCUUAAGAAGGGCCAGCCUGUCCCUGGGUUCUGGGUUCUGGCAUGCCACAGGCAGGCACUCCAGCAGGCGCUUGCUAAGAGCCAUACCCCGGCAAGUUGCUCAGACACUCCAGGCAGAUGUUCUCUGGCAAAUGGGCUUCACAGGUGCUGGAGUAAGAGUGGCUGUCUUUGACACUGGACUGAGCGAGAAGCAUCCCCAUUUCAAGAACGUAAAAGAGAGGACAAACUGGACCAAUGAGCGGACCUUGGAUGAUGGUUUGGGCCAUGGGACUUUUGUAGCUGGUGUGAUAGCAAGCAUGAGAGAAUGCCAGGGAUUUGCCCCAGACUCAGAACUCCAUAUAUUUCGUGUCUUCACUAACAGCCAGGUCUCCUACACAUCUUGGUUUCUGGAUGCCUUCAACUAUGCCAUCUUAAAGAAGAUCGAUGUAUUAAACCUCAGCAUUGGCGGCCCGGAUUUCAUGGAUCAUCCUUUCGUUGACAAGGUAUGGGAGCUGACAGCCAACAAUGUGAUCAUGGUCUCUGCUAUUGGAAAUGAUGGCCCUUUAUAUGGCACGCUUAACAACCCAGCUGACCAAAUGGAUGUAAUUGGUGUAGGUGGCAUUGACUUCGAAGAUAACAUUGCCCGGUUUUCCUCAAGGGGCAUGACCACAUGGGAACUACCUGGUGGUUAUGGGAGGGUCAAGCCUGACAUAGUGACCUACGGUUCUGGCGUGAGAGGUUCUGGCAUGAAGGGCGGGUGCCGCUCUCUCUCUGGGACCAGCGUGGCCUCUCCUGUGGUGGCAGGUGCCGUCACUCUGUUGGUAAGCACAGUUCAGAAGCGUGAAUUGGUGAACCCAGGUAGCAUGAAGCAGGCUCUGAUCGCGUCAGCACGCCGACUUCCUGGAGUCAACAUGUUUGAGCAGGGACAUGGCAAGCUGGAUCUCCUUAGAGCCUACCAGAUCCUCAACAGUUAUAAACCACAGGCCAGUUUGAGCCCCAGCUACAUCGACUUGACAGAAUGCCCCUACAUGUGGCCGUAUUGCUCCCAGCCUAUUUACUACGGAGGCAUGCCAGCCAUCGUGAAUGUUACCAUCCUUAAUGGAAUGGGAGUCACUGGGAGGAUUGUGGACAAGCCUGAAUGGCAACCCUAUUUGCCACAGAACGGAGAUUACAUUGAGGUGGCUUUUUCCUAUUCCCCUAUUCUGUGGCCGUGGUCUGGAUACCUCGCGAUUUCUAUCUCUGUAGCGAAGAAAGCAGGCAUGUGGGAAGGCAUUGCACAGGGGCAUGUCAUGAUCACGAUCUCCUCCCCUGCAGAAAAUGAGUCAAAAGCUGGCACUGAACAAACGUCAACCGUGAAACUCCCCAUAAAAGUGAAGGUGAUCCCAACACCACCCCGCAGCAAGCGGGUCCUGUGGGAUCAGUAUCACAAUCUCCGCUAUCCACCAGGAUAUUUUCCAAGGGAUAAUUUGAGGAUGAAGAACGACCCUUUAGAUUGGAAUGGUGACCACAUCCAUACCAACUUCAGGGAUAUGUACCAGCACCUGAGAAGUAUGGGUUAUUUUAUUGAAGUUCUUGGUUCACCAUUUACAUGCUUUGACGCUAGUCAGUAUGGCACCUUACUAAUGGUGGACAGCGAGGAGGAAUAUUUUCCGGAAGAAAUCACGAAGCUGCGGAGGGACGUUGACAAGGGGCUGUCCCUUAUCGUCUUCAGCGACUGGUACAACACCUCGGUGAUGCGGACGGUGAAGUUUUAUGAUGAAAACACAAGGCAAUGGUGGAUGCCUGAUACGGGAGGAGCUAACAUCCCUGCUCUAAAUGAUCUUCUUUCUGUCUGGGGCAUGGCCUUUAGCGACAGCCUAUAUGAAGGGGAUUUCACCCUGGCAAGCCAUGAAAUGAACUAUGCCUCCGGAUGCAGUAUUGCAAAGUUUCCAGAAGAUGGCAUUGUGAUUGCACAGACCUUUAAGGAUCAAGGUCUUGAAGUUUUAAAGCAGGAGACAGCAAUAAUAGAAAAUGUCCCCAUUUUGGGUCUGUACCAAGUCCCCUCGGAAGGUGGGGGCAGAAUAGUUCUGUAUGGUGAUUCCAAUUGCUUGGAUGACAGCCACAGACAGAAAGAUUGCUUUUGGCUUCUCGAUUCUCUCCUUCAGUACACAUCUUACGGAGUGGUGCCACCAGGCCUCAGUCAUUCAGAAAACAGGCAGCGGCCUCCAACGGGUGCAGGCUAUACCCUUCCAGAACGAAUGGAAGGUAACCACCUCCAUCGGUACUCCAAAGUCCUCGAGGCUCAUCUGCGUGACCCCAAGCCCCGCUCCCUUCCAGCAUGCCCUCAUUUGUCCUGGGCAAAGCCACAGCCUCUGAAUGAAACAGCUCCCAGCAAUCUUUGGAAGCAUCAGAAAUUAUUAUCCAUUGACCUGGAUAAAGUGGCUUUACCAAGUUUCCGUCAGAGUCGACCCCAAGUGAGGCCUCUGUCGCCCGGAGAAAGUGGAGCGUGGGAUAUUCCCGGAGGAAUAAUGCCUGGCCGCUACAACCAGGAUGUGGGAGGGACAAUACCUGUCUUUGCGUUCCUUGGUGCCAUGGUAGUCCUGGCGUUCUUUGUGGUGCAGAUCAAAGCGAAGAGCCGCCCGAAGAGAAGGAAGCCCCGGGUCAAACGGCCACAAAUUGUCCAGCAGGGCCACCCACCAAAGACACCCUCGGUUUGACCAGGGUUGCCAAAGACGGCGUUUUUCUGGCUGCUCCAAGGACCUGCGAUCAGCACGGAUCAAGAUGGAUCAUGGCUGGCCUUUGAUUGACUUGGCACUAGCAACUCCAUUGUGCUGUCUUUGGUUCAGGACAAACAAGGAAGUCAGUGAAUCAUGAGAUAGAAAUUAUCGUUUCCAGUACCUGUAGCUGAAUUCACCAAAGACUGAAUCAUUAUUUAAGAAAAUUGAUCGGUUGCUCCCUGGCUCGGAAAGGGCAGGGAACAGACCUCUUUUUAUUUUCUUUUAAACUGACCAAACCUUUUCAUUAGAGGCUAUUUUCUAUAUUUAUUUCAAGAGUGACUUGGAGAAGGUACUCAUCAAAGCCUUUUGCUCUCUGGCCGCAGAACCGUUAUUUCUGAAUGGAAGGCCGUUUGCUAAGGCUGUAACACUUCAGAGAAAAACAGAACUCCUGCCAUCCUACUGUAAGGAUGUGAGAAAAACUGACACUUUUGAGGGGAACCAGGAACAAAUCAUGUUGGUGUAAUCCUUCCAUUUAUUUUUAUAAAGCAACUUACCAUGACGUUUUUGUAAUUUUUCGGCAUGAUUUCACCAUUGCUGGUGGAGAACAUUUUUCCAAUAAAUACAUUAUCGAUAUUGAA